AUGGCAGAGGCAUAUCAAGAAGUUGAGAAGCGCAUUAACAAGGCCUGCAAUUCCAUUAAAGGUCAAAAAAAGCUGAAUUUUGCGUGUUUAGCCCGUGAUUUUAACGUGCCAGCCCGUCAGGAGAAGAAACAAGCUGAUAAACAGGCCGAGCAAGAACUUUAA